CUAUCCUGUCUUCCGGAUCUUGCCUCCUCUCCCCCACCUUCCUCCUCUUCGUUCUCGAUGGCCAUGGAGAUGGAUAUAUAUGUAUAUAUAUACCACCGGGCUCCCUUGCCCAGAAAUAGCAGCCCCCCCGGUUCUCCCCUCACUCUGCAACAAACUCACACAAAUUCAUUGGUUCGAUACGUCCUAGAUACUACUAGUAAAUCACAUACAGAGAACACGGAGAUACUCCUACAUUAGCUAGAUCAAAGGAAGAUGGGUUCUUGGAAGCGCACAAUCACGUCGCCGUUCAGGAAGGCCCGGACGGCCAUCCUCAGCCCGCAGCAGCAGGGGCAACAGAGCGGCGGCGGCGGCGGAGACACGCCGCGGGCGAGGCGGCACAAGGGCUCAUCCGCCGCUGCCGUGGUUGAGGAGGAGAGCCCGGCGGCGACGGCGGCGCAGCUGUACGGGGACGUGAUGGCGUGCGCGUACGAGGACGUGCAGGUGAUGUGGUCCAUGCUCGACAACAAGUCAAGACUAGCCCUCCACGCCCACGCCCACGCCGCCGACGACUCCUCCUCCUGACCGUGGCGGGCCGCCGGCCGCCGUCCAAGUUCAUCCGUAGAGUACAUACGACCGCCAGACGGCGGCGCCAUUGCAGCUAGUUAAUUAGAGCUUUCCAUGGCAGUCUGAAGGCCAGAUGAUGCCGUGAUCGAAGCGCCUUUUCUUCGGUCGAUUGAUGCGCGAGUACUCUGAGUUACUGAAUCCCCGGCACAGGCAUGGCCCUUGAUUAAUUUAAGCUGGUUGAUCAAGGUGCUUGCGAGCUUGGAGAGAUUCAUCUUAAUCUUAAUCACUUUUGAGGCCCGUAUUUUUUGUGUUAUUUUCCUUUUUUCUUUUCUUCAGCUUUGCUUUUGGUGGGUGUCAUGUCUCUCCAUCGGAGAACGCGAUGUACUAUUCAAUUCAACCGCAUGAAUCAUCCGAACCACCAAUCAGUAUAUGCUAGUUUCUCUCUCAAUAUGUGGGACCAUUUUAUA